AUGGCACACUUUGUGCCCUACUCAGCCAGUGAAUUUUGUGAAGUACACCCUGGGCUCCAAGCACCUUACCCAAAAUGCCAUCCUGGUUCUGAUGGGGAGAUUCCCCUGGGAUUUGAUCCAAUAGUUGAUGAAGUCAGCAACGAAUUCUUUUUCUAUGGCUCAUCCCAUCCACAUCACCAUGAAGAAAUGUUUUUCCCAUCAGACCUUUUCAUUCGGAAUGUGCCUGACCAGCACCUUCACAGCCACCCUGUCAUUGCUCAUGGAGAGGUUUACCCUGGAAAUGCAACCCCUCACUGGCAGCAAGGCACAGAGUCACCUGUGGUUGGCUUCAGACCUUCUUUAUUGCCUGAUUGCAGAAACUUCUCUGUGCUGGAUUCUCACCCCUACAGCCCCCAGAGAGAGCUCCAUGGGAGGCAGAGUGUAAAUCCAGUUUCAAAUGUGCAAAGGGACAGCACAAAUCUGGAGUUUCAGAUAGGCUUUGACAAUCUGGCUGCUCCAAGUCCUGUUUUCUCAGACAAUUAUCCAUUUGGACAAAAAGUGAGAGAAGAAAGUGGAAAUGGGGCAACUUCUUUAACCAGUAUUUCCAGAAGAUGCAACAUAGUUCCUACCCACCCCCAGGGCUCUGGGUACAGCAGAGAGGCUGCAGGUUGGUCUAUCCAGCUGGUCGAAGCAGAUCGAGGAAGCAAUGAAAACAUUGCUGGUUUUUGCAAAACAGUGGAGAAAAUCAGAAAUGCAUAUCCUGCUUUUGAUUUGAAGACAAAUACUGGGAAAAUCUGGAGUAUCACAACAAGGUUCCCAGAGCAUAUCCUUGGUAGAACAAAAUUCGGAAUGAGUAUUUGGACAGAUUUUUCACCAUAUCCUCUACUUCUUACACAAGAUGCUGGCUGUAUCACUCACGACUUAAUUGUGGAGAUCCUCCGUGUCGCAAAUCAAUACCCAGCCCGGGAGGAAUGGCUGCUGAGUGUUUAUGGGGCUGAUGAAUUCUUACAAAACAACUGUACCUUGGGAAGCCAUGAAAUUCUUCGCAAGGCCAGCACCUGCAUCCAGCUCUGCCUGCACCACACUGGUGACUUGAAGCCAAGCUUGGCUAGAACGGUGAGUAGCCUUCUUUUCUUCCCCUUUCCUCCAGCAUCCCUGAAGGAAAGAUACUCCACCAACCCUUUUACAGAGCAACCUGCAUGUGGGGAUGACCAAAGAAGGUUCUGUGUGAAUGAGCUCUUAGAAGACAUUUGUGCCUGGAGAUUGGUUUGGCAGAACCUUGUCUCCGUUAUUAUGAACUACAGAGGUCAAGUGGAAUAUCUGCUGCAAAAUGAGGUAUUUAAUAAUGUUGAUAAUGUGAUUGAAGCAGCUAAAGCCAUCUGCAGUGUCCUCUGUUUUGUGGAAACCAGAGACAUUACUGAUGCAGUCAGGAAACUCUGUGCUUUGGUGAAAACACAGAGCUCUCUUCAAAGUGUGGAAACACCAGGCAAAGUGUUAAUAGAGACUGCUGUGACUGAGCUCUCCAUGGCCAUCUCCCAUCUCAUCCAUGCCUACAGCAGCAGCUUUGAUGCAAAUUUCCAGCUUGCCAGCACACCUGAGAGCCCUUUAUGUGCAGACAUCAGCCUAAACUCCCAGCUGAGCUUCACUGUUUGUGCUGCCCACAACAUCCCAGAAGCCUGGGUGACCAGGUACAAAGUUUUCUCUUUCUCCUGUUUGCUAACGUAUGCUGGGAAGACAAUAUGUCAAGCAAAGAUUUGCAAAAAUACUCUGGUUAAAAGAUCCUUCUUUUUCCUGGCUGACUGGAAUGAGAAGGUCAACUUCCCUCUGCGAAUAAAGGCUCUUCCAAGGGAAACAAUGCUGACAAUAAAACUACUGGGAGUAAACAGCACCUCCAGAAACACAGAAGUGCUUGCUUGGACGUGCUCCCCAUUGUAUACAAAAGAGAGGCUCAUCCAUGGAACCGUGCUGCUCAGCAUGGCUCUGCACAGCACAGUCCCCACAAUAGUGAUCACCCCGGGCAUCUGCAGCACUGAGACUCCAACCUCAGUCACACUGCAGAUCGACUUCCCAGAAACUGAUCUGGAGUUCAUUAAACCUGAACCUGAAGAAAGAAGAGGUGAUCUUGUAGAGCCAACCCAGGAGUGCCUGGAGCACAUUGCAAGGCUUUCACAGAAACAUUCUCUCUUGCUACUCUCAGAGCAGCAGAGAAGGAUUUUGUGGUUUUAUCGCUACUGCUGCAAUAACCAGACAUGCUCCCUCCCUCUGGUGCUGGGCAGUGCCCCCAGCUGGGACAGCACCACAGUGUCAGAAAUGCACACCUUGCUGAGGAACUGGGAAUUUUCCAACCCUCUAGAGGCACUUGGGCUGCUGACUUUCAGUUUUCCAGAUCAAGAUAUUCGCAGGGUAGCAGUCCAGCAAAUAGAAAAUGUGUCAAAUGAUGAAUUGUUAGAAUACCUCCCACAGCUGGUUCAGGUGCUCAGGUUUGAGUGGAGUCUUGAAAGCCCUCUGGUGAAACUCCUGCUGAAUCGUUCUCUGCAGAGCAUCCAAGUAGCCCACCAGCUUUACUGGCUGCUGAAGAAUGCACAGAAUGAUGUUCAUUUCAGAAUGUGGUAUAAGAAACUACUGGCUGCUCUCCAAUUCUGCGCUGGACAAGCCCUGAACAAUGAAUUUUCUAAGGAAGAAAAACUCAUCAGAAUUCUGGAAGACAUUGCCACAAAAGUGAAAGCUGCCAGUGACCCAAAAAGAAAGGAGGUGUUAAAUCUGGAACUCAGGAGACUCCAGCAGUUCUUCCAGGAGGUGAAGCUCUGCCGGCUCCCCCUGAACCCCGCACUUGUUGUCCAAGGCAUAGAGCCAGAUUCAUGUUCUUAUUUUACAUCCAAUGCCUUUCCCUUAAAAAUCUCCUUCGUCAAUGUGAAUGCUCCAAGUGGAAACAUCAAUGUUAUUUUUAAGAUAGGUGAUGAUCUACGUCAAGAUAUGUUGGUUCUGCAACUUAUUCGGGUGAUGGACAGCAUUUGGCUCCAAGAGGGACUGGAUAUGCAAAUGAUCAUUUAUAGGUGUUUAUCUACAGGGAAAGGACAAGGACUGGUACAGAUGGUGCCAGAUGCUACCACACUAGCGAAGAUCCACAGGGAGUCUGGACUGAUAGGACCACUGAAAGAAAACACAAUUAAAAAAUGGUUUCACCAUCACCAUCCUCUGGAAUCAAGUUACCAAGAGGCCAUAAGGAAUUUCUUUUAUUCCUGUGCUGGCUGGUGCGUUGUUACCUUCAUCCUGGGAGUCUGUGAUCGACACAGUGACAACAUAAUGCUGACAAAAACUGGACACAUGUUCCACAUAGAUUUUGGAAGAUUUUUGGGUCAUGCACAGAUGUUUGGAAGCAUAAGAAGGGACCGAGCUCCCUUCAUCUUCACAUCAGAGAUGGAGUAUUUCAUAACAGAGGGUGGGAAAAACCCACAGCGUUUCCAGGAGUUUGUGGAGCUUUGCUGUCGAGCUUAUAACAUAGUCAGGAAACACAGCCAGCUGCUCCUAAACCUGCUUGAGAUGAUGCUGCAUGCAGGAUUGCCCGAGCUGAGCAGCAUCCAGGAUCUGAAAUACGUGUAUGAUAACCUCCGUCCUCAGGACUCAGAUCUCCAGGCUACAAGCUACUUUACAAGGAAAAUAAAGGAAAGUUUGGAGUGCUUCCCUGUGAAACUCAAUAACUUGAUCCACACGCUUGUGCAGAUGUCAGUGGGGAGCUCUGCUAAGCCUCCAGCCCCAGAGCCUGUCCCCCAGGAGUGGAUGGUGCUGGACACAGAGGGGUCAGUUGCAAGGGCCACCAUUCUGGGAUUCAGCAAAAAGCCAGACCCUGUAUAUCUCAUCCAGGUGGUGCAAACCUGCAAUGUGGUCACCUUCGUGGAAAAAUCAUUCGACCAGUUCUCAAAACUUCACAGCCAGCUCCAGAAGCAAUUCCCAUUUCAUGCCCUCCCAGAGACAAAAGGGGAACAGCUUGGGCCUGACAAAACUAUUCCUGAAAUUAAAGGGUUUCCCCACUCAUGGCAUUUGCCUUUCACAGAUCUUGAGCACAAAAGAGUGAAGGAUUUGAACUUCUACCUGAAGCAGCUAUUAAGUGGCUCCAGGAAACUGGCUAAUAAUGAGCUUGUACUCAGCUUCUUCCUCAAUUGGUCCAAAAAUACCUUGCCAGAAGAUUCAGCAUCUCAUACCUUAGGUUCUCAGUCAGCUGGCCACAAGCCUGGAGUACAACUGGUCAUAUCCUACGAGAGCACCCGUCUGACAAUAAUGCUGAAACACAUGAGGAACCUCCACCUCCCAGAUGGCUCUGCCCCAAGUGCACACGCCGAAUUUUAUCUUCUGCCAGACCCUUAUGAGGUCAGUCGAAGGAAAACAAGAACAGCUCCAAAAGGCUCUGACCCUACUUACAAUGAACUUAUUGUCUAUGACAGAGUCACAGAUCUCCAAGGCCGUGUACUGAAGCUUGUUGUGAAAAGCAAAGGAGCAUUCGUAGGAGCUGUAAACAUCCAACUGAGCAGUAUCCAGUUAAAUGAAGAAAAGUGGUACCCACUGGGAAACAGUAUAAUUUAAAUGUUCUCCAAGAUGAUUCAAUUAUCUGCCCACUAAUAUUUCUUUAUCCCAUUUCCCACGGUACAUUUUGUCUCAGUUGCCCUUGAGAAUAGGCAGUCAUCUGCUGAGCACAUAUCCUAACAUUCCUAACCAUAAGGCUAUUUAUUGUCUUACAAGUGCUCCCAUCUUCCUGCCAUGCAUUCCUGACAGUGUGAGUUUAAGGAAUCACGCACUAAGGACUUGUAGCAACAUGCAGGAAGUUCUUAUGACAGCAAUGAAGGGGUUGGUUUUGUUAAUAUUAAAUAGUACUGUAAAAAUACUGAAUUCUGUACACAUCAGUGUGUUUGGCCUCAUUCUUUGCCAUUAAUUCCACUAACUGUGUAAAACAAAGCUGAUAAUGGUGUAAUUUAUCAUCACUGCAUGUGAUGGGUUCACUAGAAACCAUGGGAUGGUUCACUGCCAAUAUAUUUCAGAUGUCCAGCAAAUUUCACAUUAAAUCUUACCGAAGCAAUACUCUGCUUUUUAAAGAAUUUUCAAAGUUUUGAUAUAAUGUAACA